AUGAAAAGUUUGAGUGAUAUUUCACAUGAAGUUCCUAAAGCAGCUGGCAAUGAGGAAAGCCAUAAAAUGACAGAAAAUAGUGGUGAUUUACCUGAAAAAAGGUAGGAAUGUGAAUUCUCAGCUGAGAUAAAUGCUGCCACAAUGCCUUAAGGUGUCUCUGAAACAGGUGUGAGAAAACACACGCUACUGACAUCAACUGAAAAGGAUACUGGAGAACUAAGCCAAAUCCUUUCAGAAGCUCUCAGUGGAGAUGCCAGACCAGACGUAGUACUAUCAGCAAUGAAUCCUGAAGGGGAUGAAAAUGGAUCAACAUAUAUGUUGCCUGAAGAAAAAGAUGAGAAUUUCACACUUAGACCAAAUGAUAAAGCACUAGGGAACAUGCCUCUGCUUGCUUUUGAAACCCCAAAUUUAAAAUAUUUGCUCUUACACAACAAUGAAAUAAAAACAUUGCAUUCAAAUACAGAAUCUAAUCUGGAAAUCCUGACACUGACACUGUUGCCACCAGCAAUACCCUUACUUCAUAAACUGACAGUACUGAAUGUCUGUCACAACCAGUUAUCAUGUCUCCCUAAAGAAUUGUCAAAGCUGGUAAAUAUUAAGGAACUCUUUCUCAAUCACAACAAUAUUGAUGAAUUUCCUUUUGCAUUGAAAAAACUUGAAGCUUUAGAGCUUUCAGAGAACAAGCUAAAAACUUUGCCAGAUACCAUAGCUGACAUGAAAAAUUCGAAGGUACUCAACAUUGAUUCCAAUCAAAUCUCAAUAUUCCCAAUUCUCUGCUACCUUCCUAAUCUAGUACUCUGCUAUUUUCCUGAUCUCAGCAUGUGUGAGAACUUGAUUCAGAGUUUACCAAAGGAUAUUAAAGUGAUCAAGAAACAACAAGAAUUUUCAAGUAACAGUAAGCUUAUAUUUUUGCCUGUGCAGCUUUUCUGGUUGACAAAAGAACUCAGAGUUCAUGAUAACAAAUUGGAAUUUGUUUCAGAUGAAGUGGAAAAUUUAUGAGAACUUAGGUUUCUGAACCUUGCAAAAAUAUUCAAGAGUAUUACAGAUAAUUUUUGCAACUGUACCAUGUUGAAACAUCUCAUUAUACGUAAUAUAACCCAGCUUCCUGCUAAUAUUCACAGCCUUAAACAUUUAAAGGAGUUUUCUUUAAGUAGAAACUGACUGGACUCAUUGGAUGAACAAAUACCACGUUUAAAAGACCUCUCCAAAAUAGAGUUUUCUGGAAACACAUUAACAUACAUUCCUGUUGAAUUAAAAAAUUGUAUAUGGAUAACCACUGCUGACUUCAGCAAUAACAACUCUCAGUUUCCAAAUACACUGUGUGCACUAUUUGAUCUUAAACCCUUAAAUCUUAGUGGCAACUCUAUUUUAGAAAUAAUACCUGGAAUUUCUGACAUUAAAGAUUUGGAGCAUCUAGAGUUAAACACAAACAAACGGUCCUCAUUUUCUGCAUGCUUGUGUAGCCUUACAAAACUAGUUUGUGUGGAUGUAAGUGAGAAUGAAAUCAAUAGCAUGCCAGCAGUGGUGUCCGAGAUGAAGGCUCUCCAGGUACUGCUGUUCCACCAUAAUGAGUUUGACUCAUUUCCUGAAGAACUGUGUUCUUUAAAGUGUUUAAACUUGCAGAUUAGCAAUCUGGAAGUGAUCAAAGACCUAAAUGUAUCAAACAACUGGUUUGCAUCUUUUCCUUCUGAAAUAUGUCAUCUUUCUUCACUGGAGACGUUGACAGUGUGUCGAAUGAAUGGGUUGAAGGUCAGAGAACAUUUCCUUUAGUUAACUAAAAUUCCAGAGGAGCUAUCUAAACUGGUUUGCCUCAGGGAACUGGACAUCUCUCACAAUGCAUUAAAGGAGAUUCCAGCCAGCAUAGGGGAACUGGAGUAUGUGGUCCAUUUAAUUGCAAAUAAUAAUCAUAUCGGCCAGCUCCCCGAAUCUAUUACAUCACUAAGAAAUCUACAGCGACUUGACCUGAGCAGUGAGUAUCAGGCAUUCAAUCCAUUAGUAAAAUGUAAGCAUUGA